AAACAAUUUCACUCCGACUUGUUCGGUUUUUGUUUCUUAUAGAACACACAAACAAGAAAACACAAACCAAUCCUUCAUCGAAUUAGGGUUUCAUCAAGAUCCUGGAGUUGAUGUAUUGAGAGAAGCCUUAGAGAUAAAAGAUGAGCUCUACGCAGGCUAAUCUAUGCAGACCAUCCUUGUUCUGUGCAAGGACAACACAAACAAGACAUGUCUCUGUGGCACCUUUUAAGUCGUCAUUACGCUUUGAUUAUCGACCACUCCCCAAGUUAACUAUUCGGGCAUCUGCAUCAUCAUCAUCCAUGUCUACUCUGUUUUCGCCUCUACAGAAUCAUCGAUGCCGGAAUCAGAGGCAAGGUCCUGUUGUGUGUUUACUUGGUGGGAAGGAUAAGUCUAACGGGAGUAAUGAGAUAUCAUCACCAUGGAAAGCUAUUGAGAAAGCAAUGGGGAAGAAAUCGGUUGAAGAUAUGUUACGUGAGCAGAUACAAAAGAAAGAAACUGGCGGCAUUCCUCCACGAGGAGGAGAAGGAGGAGGAGGGGGUGGUGGUAGAAAUGGUGGGAAUAAUGGGUCUGGAGGCUCAUCAGGAGAAGAUGGUGGUCUUGCUAGUUUUGCAGAUGAAACUCUGCAAGUGGUAUUAGCAACCUUAGGCUUCAUCUUUCUGUACCUCUACAUCAUCAACGGGGAGGAGUUGUUCCGUCUUGCAAGAGAUUACAUUAGGUACCUUAUAGGACGACCCAAGAGUGUUAGGCUGACCCGAGUUAUGGAAGGUUGGAGUAGAUUCUUCGAGAGUAUGUCGAGGAAAAGAGUGUAUAACGAGUACUGGCUAAAGAUCAAGCGAUCAUCAACACGUCUACCUGGUAUGAUAACCCGGGCAAAUACAGACGCAUCUUGAGAUCUUAUGUUGAUUCAAAUGAAAUGAAGAUAGUGAUUGGUUUUCUUACUGAUUUAAGUAGUUUCCCUUAGACCCUGAACCGUGUUUUUGUUUUUGUUUAAGUUACUUUCGCCAUUGUCACCCAACAAUCAGAUUGGUAGUAAAUAUUGAUGCUUUCA